AUGACAGAACGCGGUGGAACACGCGGUGGUUUUGGUACACGAGGUGGCCGUGGCGGUGAAGGCGGUCGAGGCCGUGGUGAAGGUCGUGGCGAAGGUGGUUUCCGAGGUGAAGGUGAAGGUCGUGGUCGCGGUCGUGGUCGUGGUCGUCGUGGUCAACGUCCAAAGGAAGAUACUAAAGCAUGGGUACCAGUCACCAAACUUGGUCGAUUAGUUAAUGAUGGCAAAAUACGUACACUUGAAGAAAUUUAUCUAUUUUCAUUACCCAUCAAAGAAGCCGAUAUUAUCGAUCGUCUUUUACCUGAUCUUAAAGAUGAAGUACUUAAAAUUAUGCCCGUACAGAAACAAACACGAGCUGGUCAACGUACUCGCUUCAAAGCCAUUGUUGUUGUUGGUGACGGCAAAGGUCAUAUUGGUCUUGGUGUUAAAUGCUCAAAAGAAGUAGCAACAGCUAUUCGUGGUGCCAUUAUUCUAGCCAAACUUUCAGUUAUUCCUGUUCGACGAGGCUAUUGGGGUAACAAAAUUGGUGCACCACACACUGUACCAUGCAAAGUAACAGGUGAAUGUGGUAGUGUACUUGUACGUUUAAUCCCGGCUCCUCGUGGUACAAGUCUUGUAUGUGCUCCAGUUCCAAAAAAACUUUUACAAAUGGCUGGUAUUCAAGAUUGUUGGACAGCUGCCAAAGGAUGUACCGCUACACUUGGCAAUUUUGCUAAAGCAACUUAUGCAGCAAUGGCCAUGACUUAUUCAUAUUUAACACCUGAUCUAUGGAAAGAAACAGUAUAUACCAAAACACCAUUUCAAGAAUAUAGUGAUCAUCUUUCUAAUACACAAAAGAAAUAUACAGUUGGUGUUGGUGACAAACAUUAUUAA